GGUGGGGUUGGGCAUUUGGCAGUUAGUUAGGUAGAGCUCGACCUGUGAGGAGCACGGAUGGAGGAGCUCAGCACCUUGGCUGCAUCUUGUGAGGCUGAAAGAGGAGGAGGAGGAGGCAUUUGAGCAGAGCUCUGCGGUUUCUUCCACCUUCUUUGGGGAGUCCCCACCCCCUCUGCUUCCUUUCUUGUUCUGUCCCUGCAGCUGAGGGACCGGAGCAGCACCACCAGUUUUGACUGGUGGAAAGGAGGUGGCAGGGCCAUGAUCCCAGAGGACAUUCAGAGACUCCUUGAAGAUGCUGAGUGCUUCCUGGUGGAUGGGCUGCAGAACGAAAACUUGAGCCCUAGAGCAAGGGAGCAGAGGAAUACAAUUCUCUAUGGCUUCCAGCAAGCCAGAGCCAGGUACCACUUGGAGUUUCUGCCCCGAGGAGAGAAUCAGCACGAUGCUGGCUUUGGGCAGGACAGUUCUGAUGAAAAUCAGAGCUGGAGUUUGGCCCCUUCCGUGACAUCUGAAGUCUCCCUGCCAUUGGACCUGCAGGAUGAUGGAAUGGAGGAAAUCACAACGAGGCCUGUUGAAGACACAGGAAAUAUUCUGAAGCAAGGAUAUCUGGAGAAGAGAUCCAGAGACCACAGCUUUUUCGGGUCGGAGUGGCAGAAGAGGUGGUGUGUCCUCCACAGAAAGACCUUUUACUACUAUGCCAAUGAGAAAAGCAAGCAACCUAAAGGCACCUUCUCCAUUGAGCAUUAUAGCGCCCGGCUGGCUUUCCAUCUCCGCAAAGACUCACGCAGAAGAUGCUGUUUUGAAUUAGUCUGCCCUGGGAAACGCACCUAUGAGUUCACAGCCCCAAGUCCAGCAGAGGCUGAAGAUUGGGUGGAUCAGAUCCAGUUCCUCCUGAAGGAUCUGAGCUCCCUCACUAUCCCAUACGAUGAGGAGGAGGAAGAGCUCUACAAUGACGUGGGGAGUUCUGACUCCAUGACCACAGCAUCUCACAACACUACCCUGAAUCAAGAUGACGGGAUGGAAGAAGAUGACAUCUAUGAGGUUUUUCCAGGAAGGGAUUUUGCCAAUUACUACCAGGGCGUGUGGGACUGCAGCGGUGAGCACCCCAACGAGCUCUCCUUCCACCGCGGGGACCUCAUCUACAUCCUGAGCAAGGAGUACAACAUGUAUGGCUGGUGGGUCGGGGAGCUCAACAGCACCGUCGGGAUCGUCCCCAAGGAUUACCUGGCAGCUGCUUACGAGCUGGAGGAGCGGUGAGGAUGGAGGUGCCCAGGUGAGAGGUGGCAGCCCGGGGUUUGUGUGAUGGGGAAGCAGCGCUGUUCCUUUCUCUCCCAGGACAGUUUGGCUCCAUCUUCUGGUUUCUGUUUUACAUGGAAGGAAGGUGGUGGGGCUGGGAAACAGGCAUGGGUCAGAGAAAAUGCCACAAAAUGCCACCGUGCCCAGAACAGCUGUGGAUGAGGAUGCAUGUGUGGGGCUGAGAAUGACAGGGCUGUGGGGACGUGGUGACCUUCAGAUGUUCACCCAAGAGAUGGGGGCUCUGUGCAGCAUCCCUGCCUGGAUUUCAGCUCCGUUCAGUUCUAUGGCAGAAAGCUGUGCCAAAACCACCGCAGCUGCCUCUGUCAGACCCUGAGAGCUGUAUGUGACAGCUGCAACCUGCACUGACAGCAGCACUGGGCUAUUCUCCCAAAGCCCAUAGAUAGGGAGGCAUUUGGCAGACGGGGAAAUGGAGCCCAGCAGUGGGGCUGGGACAGCAGGGGGUCAGCAGCCUCCUGACCGCCCUCUGGGCACGGAGACCUUCGUGUCCUCUCUGUG